CUGCCGAUGACAGAUAUAAAACGGUCAAAUGGAAUUUAAAACGUGCAGAAGGUGGUAGUUUAUAUAAACAGUGUGAUCUUGGAUUAUGCAAUCGAAAUCGAAUAGGCAGAGCUGAUGAUAAACAAUUGGUAGCUGAAGGGGAAUUAAAAUUUGACAAAGAGGUUCUUGACAACUGCUAUCGAAGUGAUGAGGUGAUGGUAGUGAUGGAAGCAUCAUUGGACGAAGUAAUGAGAAUAGAUGCGAUGAUGAGAGGUUUAUUAGAAUCGUUGAUGAAAACUGAGUGUGAUAGUAACGAUGCAGAUAAUAUAAAUGGUGAAAUCAAGGAGAGCGAAAGGGGUGUUAAUGAAAAGCAAGAGGAUACAAACAGAAAG